AUGAACAUGGACAACAUCAAAGAUGAUCCUGAGCGCGUCUUGUCCUGGGUUCCUUCAAGCCCCGACAUCGACAAGGGGAACCAUCAAUCUUGCAGUCUGUGUCCUCUGACAGAAAUCUCAUUGCGCAGCACCUGGAUGUUGCUUACUUCUCGCUUGAUCGACCGAUGUCCGCAGGACCCGAUGGAGCCAGACGCAACCCGUCGGAUAAGAUGCGACGAAGCGCAGCCGUUCUGUCGCAAUUGCCAGUCCACCGGUCGAACGUGUGAAGGCGUAGCCGAAGCCAAGUUCUUCUUCGUUGCUACUCCUCCCAACACCCGCGCCCUUCCGGAUCGCUCGCACACAGCAUCCCCUACUUUCUCACUCGCUUCGCCAAAGCAUCCCGAAGAGCUGCGCUCCUUCCAUAUCUUCUUUGUCAGGGCCGCUCCCCUCUUUUCUACUGGUGCCCUCGAUGCCGGCUUCUGGAAGGACACUAUCCCCCGCUUGUCUCAGUCUAUGCUCUUUGCAUGGGAUGCUGCCAUUUCGAUAGGACUACUCUUCGAGAAUCCCGUCUACCGUGUGGCCCUCCCAGGAUGGCAGAACCACCAGCUCGAACCUCAGCAGCUUCGUGCGCUCCAGUGGUAUACACGAUCAGUGUCGCGACUCUCGCAGCACAUGGACAGCAACCCAUCAGAUGAAAUGCUUGCGCUCCUGUCAUGUGCACUGUUCACUGCCUGCGAGUUCCAGCAGGGCGAUAGCUCCGGUGGUUUCGCACUCCUAGACCGUGGUCUGAGACUUCUCAUGGUCUACCUCUCUCCGGCGCGUUUGCGUAGCCCAGUCUCCGAUACGACCUCUCUACUCGAAGCCUCCGUGGUUCCCUUCUUCACCCGUCAUGCUAUGUUCAUGGCGCUAAGCGGUCUUCCGCUCCUGUACGACUUCACAAGUAUUGCUGCACAGCCCAGGACGAGGCCCCUGACCGCACGAUUUUCUGAAGAGUGGGCCACACUGGAUGCCAUUCCCCAGGCCCUUUUUGAUCUGAUAUACCGCAGCAAUGAGCUUUGCCGUGCGGCAAGACUUGUUGUCCAUCAGCCGUAUGAGCUUUCGCGGAUCGGGACGCUGCAGCCCCCUCUCCUCAACGCGCUCAACGCCUGGCGUGAGCGCCUGGCCCAAUUCUCAAGAACCGCAGCAUCACCAGAAGAUGCCUCGAAAGUUUCGUACUUGCGAUUGUACCACCUUGUUGCCACGAUACUGGCCUCUACAUGUCUUUCUCCAACCCAGGUAUCACUGGAUGCCCACUUCACCGAUUUUGGUGUCAUCGUUGACCUCGCAGUCGAGAUACUGGCCAGCAAUGGCAGACCAUUGCCGCCAUUCGAAAAUGGUGUCGGUCCUCCUUUGUUCUUUGUUGCGACCCAUUGUCGAGACCCUGUCCUUCGCCGGAAAGCCCUCAAGCUACUCCAUUCCGUGCCUCGGCCCACAGCUCCAUCGACUUGGACGAUACUGCCUGUCACGCAAAUCGCCGAACAGGCCAUCUCUUUCGAGGAAGGAGGUACGACACCGAGGCACGCCAGCGAUGUCCCGGAGCUGAGACGGGUCCACCAUGCCCAGUGCUUUCUCCGACCACGACCGCUGGCGCGAGGUGGUGGGAGGGAGCUCGCCUUGAAACUAAUCACAUACAGCGAGUCUAGGGACCUGGUGGAACACAUCGUGGAUUUACCAGACUACGACCAGAACGACUUCCAACACAUGGGUUCUCACGAGAUUCCCCUCGCAAGCCAAUACGCGCUGCAACCGACCAAACCCUUCGCUGCAAUCGCUGCCCCAUAA